AUAAGCAGAGCAUUGGAAUAGCCAUUAUUUCUAGUGUGUACUUUGGUGCCGGUGUGAAAAUCCCAAAGCGAGAUUCCAUCAUUUCAUUGCGGAUUCCGAUCUACCCAAGGUACAGUGACUACCGCAUAUAUUUAAACCGAUGAAGUUGACAGGCGCGAAUGGCAGCGCUGCGUCGCGAUGACAAUCGCGUCAUUAUCCAUUUUGACUAUGACUGCUUUUAUGCUAGUGUUCUAGAGGCAGAAAAUCCUGCCUUGAAAUCUCUGCCGUUAGCUGUGCAGCAGAAACAGAUUAUAGUUACAUGCAAUUAUGAAGCUCGUCGACGGGGUCUGAGGAAGCUACAGCUUAUCAAAGAGGCGAAGCAGAUAUGUCCUGACGUGGUCAUCAUCCUUGGAGAAGACCUGACCAAAUUCCGCGAUGUUUCUAAAAGCCUUUACUGCUUCUUGAAGAGCUUUCUAUGGACUCAGAAAGCGGAGAGACUGGGGUUUGAUGAGGUGUUCCUGGAUGUUACGGAGAUGAUUGACUAUAAUAUGUCGCUUUUGAAUCGUCACGACUUGGCUCAUUCAUUCUUCUGCUUAGAUAAACGGGAUCCAGCAAUUGGUUUCCAGUUUGACGCUACGAGCUAUUGCGGUCUAACUUAUCCUGAAACCAUUGGAAGUCCCCUGCCUAGAAAUACGGCCGUCGAUGGUCAGCAUAAUCUGGUCCAGCGCCUUAUCCUAGGAUCCCACCUGGCACAUUAUAUGAGAUCCCGUCUCGAUAACGAGCAUGGGUACACAGCGACCGUCGGUAUCUCGACGUCGAAGCUUUUAGCCAAACUGGUUGGCAAUGUAAACAAACCAAACAACCAGACAACACUUGUCCCACCAUAUUCCAAUAGCGAGGGGAUGAGUAAUGUCAACCGAUUCAUUGACGACCACGAAAUCGGCAAAAUUCCGGGCAUUGGGUUCAAAUCCGCCCGGAAGAUCAGGACGUACAUAUUACAUCGCGAGGCUACAUUUGAACCGUACACGGAGCGGAAUGUGGAUGAUCAAGUUAAAGUUCGAGAAGUGCGUCUCACCCCAACAAUGGGCCCACCAAAAUUACUCGACAUAUUAGGAGGCCAUGGCGCAUCCAGGGAUAUUGGAUUCCAGAUAUGGAAUUUGCUGAAUGGGGUGGAUAACAGUGAAGUCCUAGAAGCGCGAAUCGUUCCGACGCAGAUCAGCAUUGAGGAUUCUUACAAGGGACUUGAGCAGUUUGAAGAUGUCAAAAAACAGCUUAACCUCCUUGCUGCAAGUCUGAUUAAACGGGUGAGAACUGAUUUACUAGAUGAGCAGGAUCAUGAUACAAAGGGAAAUGAUACUCCACGUUGGACAGCACUUCCUCGUACACUUCGGCUAUCAACUCGACGGAGAUCACCCAAGAAUGCAGAUGGCUCACGAGACUAUAGCUAUGCAAACGGGCGGACAUCACGCUCGGGACCUGUGCCGAAAUUUAUGUUCAGUCUUGCAGAGAGUGCUGAGGCGGUGGCGGAGAAGCUAGUGGAUGACUCCCUUGUUUCAAUGUUUCGUAAGCUGCAUCCAGACAAAUCGUUUGGGGAGCUCAGCUUGAUCAACGUUGCGGUUACCAAUAUGGUGGAGACUGCGGGGGAUGAUAAACAAAGUAGCGGCAGAGACAUUGGUAAAAUGUUCAAGCAACAGGGGUCUUCGAUCGCCAGUGCAGUUGUUGAAACAAAUCGCCUGGACGAUCAGGUGUACCAGGACUCUACUUCUAGAAAUGCGGCGAAUGUGACCGUUACGACUCAGAUCGACAACACGGAGUGGGAAGAGAGCGAUGAAGAAGAUGUACCGUCUGCUCAGUUAUGCGAUGUCUGUGGCAGUCAUAUUCCUGUAUUUGCUUUUGGUGCACAUGCUCUGUAUCAUGCUGUCCCUGAUUGA